UUGAGUUACUGAAACUAAGACUCUUAUCAGUUUGAUUGUUGAAAAAGAAAAAAGAAAUCAAUUCAUGGAGAAAAAAGUAGAAAAUUCUGAGAAACUACAUGAAAAGUUGGGUUGGGAUUAUCUUCAUUAUGAGUGCAGGAAAGUCCAAUCAACUGAACAAAAAAAUGUCAUUUCAAUAAGGCCUCCAACUGUUCAAAGGAUUUUGAAAGAGCUUGAAGAAGAAGAUUGGUACCAUGAUUUCUUCAAGGAAUAUUCUUUCAUUGAAAGCCAAAGAUAUUUUGCUUCUCCAUCAUUACAAUUUCAAAAUCCCUUCACAAUUGAUUUCAAUGAUUAUAAUUACAUCGAUGUCUCAGAGGAGGAGUUUGUUGAGACUGAAGAAGAGACUUCGGAAUUGGAAGAAGAUUUUUCUAAGAGCGAAGAGAAGUUUUUUGAGGGGAUGGCUAGUUCUGUUAACAUCAAUGUCUCAGGUUUUUCUAAAGACAGAGAGAUUUUAGAAUUGAAACUUCCUACAGAUGAGGAAUUUUUCCAGGCGAUGACCAGCCAAUAUGGAAUAAUGCCUAUUGAAUUGAAGAUCAGGAACACCUGUUAAAUGGGUUUCAUUUUGUGAAGAAUAGAAAAGUGAAGAGCUAAAAUGGAAUAAUGCCUAUUGAAUUGAAGAUCAGGGAACAAGUUUCAUUUUGUGGAGAGCUAAUAUAGAAUAAUAAGUUCAAAGAACAAGUGUUAAAUAGGUUUCAUUUUGUUGAGAAUAAAAA